AUUAGUAUUUUUAAUUUACACCAGUAGUUUUUGCUGCGCCGUAGAAUAACCGCUUUGAAUGUUGAAAUCGUACUCUUUAAAAAAAAAAUCACACCUAACCAGCACUCAUGCAACAUUUUCACAUUAAAACCAAGUGAUUACUAAAACAUGGAACACCUUGAACCAUGUCCAGCCAAUGAAUGCUGUACUUUAACCUGCAAAUAAAUUUGUUGGCUUCGCAUGGCUACGAAAAAAGGACAUACAAUUGUACUAACAGUCGUUUUGUUUUAAAAGGCAAACUAACAACAGGACCAAUACUUUUAUGAACAACGAAUACCUAAAGCGAUAACCCUAAUCAAUUGUUUUCUUCCUUUUUUCUCUCUCUCUCUCUCUCUCUCUGCUGCAAAACAGGCGGCAACACUAAUCAGGGCAACACCAUACACGAAUUGGGUACGAACAACAUUAAUAGCCAGCCGACAGACACUAAAGUGAUCGAGCACACCACAGGCAACGAAGUACUCAUCAUGAAUACGAGCGACGACGAUCGAACGGCGAGCUUCUUUGCCCAGCCGGGCAUCUUGGCAGCUGUCAUCGGUGGCGCUGUCGUCGGUCUGCUGUGUGCCAUUCUCGUCGUCAUGUUCAUCGUUUACCGCAUGCGGAAAAAGGACGAAGGCUCCUAUGCACUCGAUGAACCCAAACGCUCGCCGGCGGUCAAUUCCUAUGCGAAAAACGCGAAUAACCGUGAAUUUUAUGCCUGAGAUAAUUCCCAACGUUACUAGAGAGAGUGAAGGCGGCAGGCGAUGGCAGAGAAGGAGAUAAAGUGAUGGCAGCAAACUCUUUGCGAAAUAGAAAGCGCCGAAGCAGAAAGAAGGUGAAGAAAGAGAAUAUAAAUAAUGAAAAUAAGCGAAUAAGUAAAUAGUGAAUAGUGAAAAAUAUAAAAAAAAAACAAAAACAAAUAAAACAGAGAGCAGCAGCAAGAAGCAGUAUGAAACUAAGAGAUAACGAAAGUUUGAGAGUUUUUUAAGGAUUUUGAAGUUUCUCGUUUCGUAUGUAUUUAGAUCAUGUGUACUGCAGCAGGGCUUAAAGUUUAAAUUGAGUUACACACACACACACACACAUACCAACACAAAAAGAAAAAAUUUGUAGUUAUGAAGAACUCAAUUAAGUGGAGAGUUUUUUGUCGGCUUACAAAAAAGUUGAAGGUUCGUUGAAAAAACAGAUGAAAUGAAAAAUUCAACUAUUUUCUAAUUUGUAACAAUUAAGUUAUUUACAGUUAAGUAACGCAAACAAUAACAACAACAAAAAUGAAAAGCAAAAGCAAAUGAAAACUAAUGAAAAUAAGAAAAAGAAUUAUUUGUAUGUAAACGGUCACAGGCAAUGAAAGUGCGUGGAAAAAUAUCAAAUUUAGUUUAAAUAUUUUCUUUUUUUUUAAUAUUGCAAAAAUUAUGAAAAUAUACAAAUUGAAAGUAAUUAAUAUGAGUAUACAUAGACUAA